CAUGCCCCGGACGCCCCGUGAGCGGCGGGCGCGCCAUGGAAGCGGCGCCGGGGCUGGGCUGGGGCUGGGCGGUGCUGGUGCUGCUCUUCGCUGCCUCCCUGCUCACCGUCUCGGCCUGGCUGCUGCAGUUCUCCCGGAGCCUAUGGCGCGGCCGCAGACGGUCGGCAGGAACCCCGCGGAGCCAGGCGGCCCCCGCCGGCCUCUGGGCGGCCGUACUGCGCCUGGGCCGGGCCCGCGAGGGCGCGGGGAGCUCUCCGGCGGCUGGGCCCCGCAGCUUGCUCGCCUCUCUCUUUGCCUUCCGCGCCUUCCGCGAGAACUGGCAGCGAGCCUGGCUGCGCGCCCUCAACGACCAGGCCCGCCAGCACGGGAGCUCAGUCCAGAUCACGUUUGAGGAAAGCCCUCGGCAGUUGCCAGCCGUAACUAUCAGCCACGUGGUCUACACUGACCAGUCGGAUCACAGGAUGGUGUUGCAGUGCCUCCUUUCAACUGACACAGUGCAGUUCCCUGUCUUGGUGGCCCAGCAGUCUCCGGCAGCGGUCUCUAUGGACACCUAUUGUGUCUCCCUGGCUGUACGGCAGGCCCAGUUGGAGAUCCGCCUGGAGGAGGUGGAGGCCGAGGGGCUGCUGGUCUCCUGGGCAUUCACAGACAGGCCCGACUGGAAGAUCUCUCUCCCGCCGAGACUCCAGCCGCACAGUGAAAACGAUGGCAAGGCAGACCUGUCUAUCAUCAAGAAUCUGAUUGAAGACUCCAUUAUUAGCACCCAGCCAGCCAUGAUGGUGAAUCUGAAAGCCUGCAUUAUGAAUGCCAACAUGGAGCCCAGCAGCAGGCUUUCCCCGGGAUCCCUCUCCAGCUCAGUGCCUGCCCUGAUGCCCAAGCUGCUGCUUCAGAACCUGCGAGCUCUGCACCUGGGAUCCCAGGAGAGCCAAGGAAAUGGGCUGCUGUGCUGUGAAGUGGAGCUGGAUAGCCCUCGGCAGCAGAAGAGAACAGGCUCUGUGCUGGCCGGGCCGGCUGCUGAGGUGGAGUGGCCCAGCAAGCUGCUUCUGGAGCUUGGUCCCCGGAGCAAAGAGUUGGUGCUGAGAGUAUUUGAAGGCAGCACUUUUGGAGAGGACGUGCUUCUGGGAUUUGUGGCUGUCCCCAUAGACCCCUCCUCCAAAGAGCCGCAGGGGCAGCAGCUCUACCUGCUGAGUCCAGGGGCCCCCAAGGGUCUGCCCCCAGCAGCAGCCAUUGCCGUGGAGCUGCUCCACCACGACAUGCCAGAGCUCCAGGCUGCCUCCUGCCUGCGCACCAGCAUCACUCCCACUAAAAAGAUUGAGAUGGGCCGGACCAUAAUGCCCGAUGGCACUAUUGUCACCACCGUCACCACCAUCCAGUCCAGGCCCAAGCUGGACUGUAAGCUUGAUUCACCCUCAAGAUCUCCAUCCAAAGUGGAAGUUACAGAGAAGGUCACCACGAUGCUUCCAGAAAAUGGCUGUCCUAGCAGAACAUCUCCCUGCAGUAGCAGAAGCAGCUGUGUGUCCAACGGCCUGGAUCCAGUGGCUGAGACAGCCAUCAGGCAGUUGACGGAUCUGACCAAUAAGCCUGCAAAGAGGACUCCAACCAAGCGCAGUACACUGAUCAUCUCAGGAGUUUCCAAGGUACCCAUUGCACAGGAUGAAAUGGCCCUCUCCCUUGGCUAUGCUGUGUCACUGGGGAAUCCCCUGCAAGAAGACCCCAUCAUGGCUGGUCUGUCAGAAUACACGCCGCCAAGCAUCUGCGAUGCCACGCAACAUCUGGAAAGUUCAUACUCGCCUCAGACGGCGAGCCAGGAUCUGGAUGAAACAACACAUUCAGACAUCUCUGAGAGACCCUCAGUGGAUGACAUGGAAUCUGAAACUGGCUCGACAGGUGCCCUGGAGACCCGAAGUCUGAAAGACCACAAAGGGCCGGGCAAAGAGCAAAGCCAACGGGAGUACCCCAUUGGUGGAGAAGCCCUGAGGAGCUGCUGCGUCGGCUGUCUCCAGAAGCCCCCGACCGUCGCUAAUGGUUAUCUGCUGUCUGUGUACUAUGGCCCCAAUCCCCCCGUCCUCCUGUGCAAAGGGAGUGAAGGCCUGGGGGCGGGUGGGUGGGUGGGAAGUCUUGCCAAUAGCCAUAGGAAACGGACACUUGGUGGAAUGAGGAGUGUAACAUACUGCUCUGCUGAGCACUCCUCUUUUAGCCUAGGUGGGGAGCGGGCAGCCCCCAUGGGCUACCUCCAGCCUGAAUCUGAAAUUUGGUGUGUGUGUGUGUAUGUGAGACAGAGAAGGGUUUUAUCCAACAACAGCCGCUCUGCCUGCCAGACUGUUGAACAGUAAGGGCAAAUAGCUGGCUUCCUUGGCAUCUGCGGGUUCAUGAGACACGAUGAGAAGGGCAGACAAGCCAGGCUCUUGGGCCCUGAACUGUGGUUCCCAAAGACCCUUCAGUUGCAGAACCCUCAACCUGGCCCGCCUUUGAGAAAGAAGGAUCUUGGUUGCUGUCAGAAGGGAGCCAGAGAGCUUCUAAGCAGAAAUCGCCUGGCGCUGCUUGCUCAAUCUCUUCCUUGCCAGACUUGGUGGCAUGGAAUGGAGGCCCCUUGCUGAGUUCCCGUCCCCUGCAGGGCACAGCAGGGAAGGGGAGAAAGGAGGCACCAGCUGCUGGACACAGCUCUGGAGGCUCCCCGAGAGACUGGACUGCACCGUCCUGACGUCCAGCUGGAUGCCGUUCCUGACCCUGACUGGCAAUGCACAUGAAUUGGGGUGAGCUGGCCCCUUCCUGCAGGUUCCUGGAAACAGACUGGGAGUGGGAGGAGGGGCAACAAGGAAAUCACUGUUUUGUUACCUAGAAGUCAGGUUUUUGGCAAAUUUGGAACAGGCUUCGCUGAAACCCCAUGUUUCUCAUUGGAAAUUGGGGGGUGGAGGGGGUGUCAAAGGCAAUUCCAGGUGGGAUGGCUCCCCUUUCUAUGCUGCAGGUUGAACCCUGUCCGGGCCCUCAACCCUCCAGUGGAUUUCUCUUCUGGCUGCUUGGGUCUGCAGGUCAGGGCUCUUGCUGUCCUGCCCUUGCCCCAUCAGCUGAUACCUCAGGAGGACAAGCUUGUGGGGCUGCUUGUGCCCACGAAGGAAUGCCUGCAGCUUUCCCUAGAUAGGAUUGCACUCCACAGUUGCAGGGAAAGUGCGCCCCCCCACCAUGUGCUGCAAGGCAGGUUUGUCACAAUAGGCCCCGGCUGGUUAUGGCUGCCUUGGCUGUCAGCAGGGAGUGCCAGGGCAUCGAAGCUUCCCGCAGUGUGUGUGCGUGUGUGUGUAUGUGUGUGUGUUUCAGGGGGGUUGUCUGCUUGGGGAGAGGAGGGAGGUGCGUCCAGCAGGCACAUUAUUCCUGCUGACCCUUCAGCAGUAGAGAAAGUGAUGUGUUUUCCCCUGGGGUGUCCUGGGAACCUGUGUCCCAGAGGUCAAUUCCUAUGAUUGUUCCUGUCAGUUUGAUGGGGGAGGGGGGAGCUGAAGAGGUCAAUUUAGGUUGAAGUCAUUGGUACAACUUUGCCAUGAAGACCGGCAAUUCUAUGUUUCUCUCCUGAUCUCCUGCUGGCUGCAAUCCUGUGAUUUGACUCAACCCUGUCUGAGCGCUGCAGAUAACACUGUAUUUGCCGAUUUGUCUACCUUUGCCAUGUUUGUCUAGUCUUGAUGGAAUUACUUGUAGAUUUACCUUUGAAACACUUUGGAUCAUUUUUUUCUCAUUUUUUUCCAUUUCUAAGAGAGGUGAAGAUAAAGAGUUAGCCCUA